AUGGCGUCAAAAAGCCACAUGUCACCCCAACGACGAAGAAGUUUUGUAUCUGCCAUUUACGGCCAUCUGCUUGAGAGCGUGGAGACCGAGCAAAUGUGUAAGGGACUCGGAAUGACUAGAGGUGACGUCAAAUACCUUCGUCGAAUGUUUGACAGCGAGAAGACAUCACAAAGCGACAAUUUGUCAAUUCAUGGAUUCUUAUACUUGGUUGAUACUGAUAAGGUAUUUGCACGGUCUCAAAUUUUGACUGAAAGCUUACUUCGCCUUUCUGAUGUCACGAAUGAAAUGACUGAAAUGACUUUCGAUCAAUUUUUGCGUAUUGUAUGCACGUUUGCUGCCUUUUCCGAGCUAGAGCUCUAUCGUUUCUUUUACAAUUCCAUUUUUGCCAAAGGAUUUGUUACUGUAAACGCUUCUUCAAUAAGAGAGGUGCUCCAAGAAGCUGGAAGUUCCUACGUUCAUAAUAUUGAAGUGGCUAUUCGACAAUUUGCAGUUAACCCAUUUCCAUCAUUGAUCGGCUUACCAACAUUUCUAACCUUUAACGAAUUCCAGAAACUUGUGCUUCGAGAUCCCGUAAUUUUUUUUCCAGUCGUUCAGCUACAAAGCAACGUACGCUCUCGGACUUUGGGCAAGAGAUACUGGGAAAGAAAAGCACAAGAGCAAGAACUUGUUGCUUCCCUUCUCAUGUAUCAGCAUCUUAACAAAGGAAAGCUGCCUUUUAUGACCUGGAAAGAAUGCGGAAUGGGUUUUUUGUUUGGUGGGGAAACUGUUUUAGCUAGGGCUCGAAAAUUGGCUCGACCUAAUUUAGCUCUAAAUUGUAAGAUGCGUCGUCCUGGUAACCCAAAUGCGGACGCGGCGGAUUCUGAUGCUGUUCAACGUGCACGAUAUGCCAGUGAAGGAGACCCAGGUGUCGCCCUUGUCAAAGCUGUAGCUGAAAAGGCUCUUAAGUCUCCUAAGGUUCGCGUUGGGCUCGUGCUAUGGAUCGUUGGUCUGUUUUUCAUGCUCUUAGCGCCUGGACUGCGCACGGUUACUCCAGAGAUGAAGUCAACUUAUGAAAACAUGAUUAUCGAGGCUGCCAAUAUGCCAGAGUACCACAAAGCUUACACUAAAUACAUGAAAGCUCAGGCUUAUGCCGACGAAGCUAAGGUAUGGUUCUGGCGUGUACGUGAGCCAUACAAGACGAUGGUAAAUCAACGUCAACCAAUAGCCGAUAAGUGGGCGGCCGAAGUGGCGAGAACUGAACAAAUACGGGAAGAAAAAAUGAAAAAAGCACGGAAUUUUGUGGGACUUUGGUCGGAUUUUGGAAUGGCGGAUGUACGUGCGCGAUUCUGGAGUGCUUUUGAAAAGGGCAAGAUUUUUGCGCAGCAACAGACUUUUUACCACAUGAUUAUGCGCGUGCUUGCGUCGCGAGAUGAAGACAUACUGAGUAUGGUUUUGAAUUGGGUCUUCGUGGCUGUCAUGAACUUUACAACGGGACUGCUGGGUGCACUUUUCUACUUCUUCUUUUCGCUUAUCAACAUGGUAUUUUCGUACCAACCUGAUCCCGUAAGUGCGACAGCUUUUGUCCUACUGGGCUUUGUCGGUGCUGCGAGCGUAGUUGCCUCGUAUCUACUCGCUAUCUAUGGGAUGGUUGCCAGCGGUAUCUAUGUGAUGGGCAAGGUUAUCGUGCGUGAUGCGCUUGAACAAGAGCAUCGCCGGCAGCACCUUCGAGUUGAUUAA